AUGGUCAAGCUCACUAGGAUCCUGAAAAAUGAAUAUCGCGAUGACGUUGCGUCCAAGCGCGGUCGUCGCAAAAAGAAACACAGUCGGGAGCCCAAAGAACCGAAAGCUAGCUAUCGCGAAGCACAAGAGCCACCGGCCCGUGAUGCCACUAUAAAUUCGAGAGAGGAAGUAACGCUUCCUCCAGCUUUGCUAAAGAUAUUGCAAUCGCAUGCUCCCGGUCAUCAUGGUCAUCAUCGUCACGAGCAAACAAUAUCUGAUGCCGAACGCGAAGAGCGCGAAGAGGCGGAACCAAUGUCUCCUAAUUCCCUCGAUAAUCCUCAUCAUUUUGCACUGACACGAGCUGCCCAAAUGGCGCUCCGUUCCAUGCCCAUUCCCGUUGAUGACGAUGGUCAGAUCAACGGUCCGAGUACCAUGGCAUUGAUUGAAUCUAUUGUCAAGUCGUCCGAUGACCCCGCUCUGAUCGAAACCAUACAUGCGAUGAUGGGAGAGUCUGGAAACCAGUCAACUCAGCAGCGCGAGACGUUGGCCUUGGUCGCCGAGUCCAUCAUGGAAAAGAAGGCUGCCAAGGAAGCUCUGGAGCGGGCAGUCAUGGCCGAGUCUCGCCUCCACGAGAGCUUGAAAAAAGUCGCCCCGGGCCUCGCCGGGGACGCUGCUGCUUUUGUUGCAGCAGAAGUCGAUGCUGUUGUCAAUGCUGAUAACGGAUCCGCAGCUCAAUCACAAGGGAACCACAAUGGCUUUUUCAAUCGCAUCAACAAGAGCUUCACACAGUCGUCGAAUGGUACCCCAAGACGUCUCCCCUUUCGUAAAUCCAGGUCCAAGGGUAACAAGAGAUCCUCCAAGCGCAAGAGUAGCGAAUCCAAUGGUCAUGACAAUCCUGUCGUAGUAGAAGCGCCGGAAGCCGGGGAUGUUGAACAUCCCACGGAUGAGCCGGUCUUUCUAAUGUCCACCCGGCCAUUCGCCACUACCCAGGAAGAAAACAAGAAUGUGGAGGAAGAAGCGGGAAUUGAGGUUGGCUCACCUGGGGUUGACCUGGUGGAAACCAGAGACGACCAAGAACAGUCCAGAACCGAGCGCGAGGAAGAAGAAGCUCCUUCGCAGCAGGGCAGCGACCAACAAGAGCUCGCUGCCACCACAACGGGUACACCCCCCACAACCAAACGCAGAAACAAGUACAAGCACAUUGCUAGCACAGAGCCCGAUCGUUCUCGUCGCUUUAGCAGCAGAGGUUCCUCUCGUCGCUACGGAGAUGACCAAGAAUCCACGUUUGUUGGUACGACUGUGGCUCCAUCCACAAUUACUUCCAUCUCUCCAUCCACAAUUAUUACGAAUGUCGAUCAGGCAAUGUUCGUGGAGCAUGAAACCGUAGGCAGCAAGAGCAACGCGACCUCGACCGAAGAAGGGGGGGUGGAGGAAGAAGCCGAAGAGGCAAGUGAUGAGUCGGACUCUGAUGAGGACGAAGAGCAAAAUGGUGAAGAAAUGGUCAAAGUCGAAUACACGGCAGAGGGCGAGGACGAGCCGAAGAUUGAGUACACCAUUUUUGAGUUAGAGUCCAAGCUGUCCAUGUCCACGGUCGAGUCUUCAGUAGUCAGUGCAAACACGUCCGUGGAGUUCUCACAAUCAGAAGAAAACGAGGACGACGAUGAAGACGAUGAUGACGAUGAUGAAGAAGGUGUAACGACUGACAACGAUACUUAUGCGGCAGAAGAAGAGGGCGCCACGUUUGACGGUGGAGACGACACCGAGGAGGAGGAGGAAGAGGACGAGGAGGAAGAGGAUGUUCGCGAUCGAAGAGGCCGACGAAAGCAUCGAUCACGAAGAGGUCGAGAAACGGAAGAGGUCCCUUCACUGUUCAAAUGCGUCUCAGGGUAUUUUGCCAUCGGCGAUGACGUUGAAGUCUAUAUUGACGACAAAAAGAAAAGGCGAAGACGCAGCAGGAGGAGACAUCGUCAUCGUCGCUAG